UCUAAGAACUUCUUGAAGUAAUGGAGUGGGGACAUGAUGUCAUCAGGCUGUGGACGUGUCACGUGUAAGUGUAAUUAUUCCAGGAGUAUAAAUUGGGUGUAGACCAGUAUUUUUCUGCCUCUCAAACAUGAUUCAGGGAUGAAUCGCUGUCACUUCCCUCAAACUCACUGUCCUAACUAUCAGAGUGUAUGUAGGAUCCUAACUGGGAUUAGGCUGCAUUUGCCCAUAGUAUGUUCCUGCAGACAUUACAUUUCAGUGGAUGUCUGAACUGCACAUUGCUGUAUGCAGGACAAAACAUACUGUAUAUAAAGUAUACAGUCAUAUUCAUCCCAUACAGUCUAUAGGGAAAAACCCCGCUCACAUGCAGAUGAUGCAACGAAGAGACUUGAAUAAAUAUUGACACGUCUCAAACAAGUGGUCACAUUAAACGAACUUUGCACUGCCUCAACUACAGCCAAGCAAAGAAACCAAAUAGCUGUUCAGUAAAUGUAUCAAAUAUUCCUUUUUUAAUUUGGUUAAGUAACUUCACAACGCUACCUUAUCGCUACUUCAAACGACCUUAAGUAACAGGCUAGCUGCUGUACUUUAGCAUGCAGUGGGUAAAAAUAGGACGACUGUGCACAUUUAAAAAUGUGCUCACACAUUUGCCGCGAUUUGUGGCUCGUCGAAACAUGUCGUCUCAAACUAAACGGCCAGUUUCCUUACUGGGAACUAUGUCGUUGGGUGAACCAGCCAACGCAGAGCAGAGCCUGGAGAUGGUGAAGACUUUCCUGGACAGGGGACACAUCCAUGUGGACACAGCCUUCAUGUAUGUGGAUGGGAAGUCAGAGACAGCCUUAGGGGGCAUGAAUCUUCCUAAAACAGUAAGCAUAGCAACCAAGGCCAACCCCUGGGAUGGGAAGACGCUGAAGCCAGAGAGCGUGCGCUCUCAGCUGGAAACCUCCCUUCAGAGGCUGCGGACCGAUUGUGUGGACCUUUUCUACCUCCAUGCCCCUGACCACCAGAACCCCAUCCAGGAUACCCUUAGGGCUUGUAAUGAACUGCACAAAGAGGGAAAAUUCAAGGAGUUUGGUGUAUCAAACUAUGCAUCGUGGCAAGUGGCUGAAAUUGCCAGCAUCUGCAGACACAACAACUGGAUUGUUCCCACUGUGUAUCAGGGAAUGUACAACGCCAUUACAAGACAGGUUGAGACAGAGUUGCUGCCAUGUCUGAGAUACUACGGAAUGAGAUUCUAUGCAUACAAUCCCCUAGCAGCUGGCAUUCUGACAGGAAAGUACCAUUACCAAGACAAAGAUGUUCCCCAGCCUGCAGGACGAUUCUUUGGUAACAAAUUGGCUGCAGCAUACAGGGACAGAUACUGGAAGCAGAGUCAAUUCAAAGCGAUAGACGUGGUUCAAAAGGCCUUGGAGACAGUUUACGGCUCAGAGAAACCCACCCUGACUUCUGCUGCUAUGCGCUGGUUGUACCAUCAUUCCCAACUUAAGGGUGAUCUUGGUGAUGGAGUCAUCAUUGGCAUGUCAAGUAUGGAGCAACUUCAGCAAAACCUGGCUGCUGCAGAGGAGGGUUUUCUGGAUGAAAGAGUGGUCGCCGCCUUCAAUGAGGCCUGGAAUCUUGUAGCCCACGUGUGUCCAAACUACAUCCGUUGACCAGCCAAAAUAGUCCAAUGAAAUUUUAUAGAGAAAAAGAGAUCUGCUAAAGCCCCUUUCCCUUAGUUUCCUUCGUUACUUGUACCUUUUUCCUGAAAUCACACUUGAAAUUUGCUUUUGUGUAGUAAUGAAGAGCACUUCAUUGCAAAUGUACAAAUGUAAAAAUUAAGAUUUUUUUUCAGAGAAAAAUAACUUUUUCUGGAGUCUGCCUUAAUAAAACUAUUACAUUAAAAAUAAAACCAAUUUGA